AUGCAGUUUUUAAUAAGUGAUCGUGACAGAGACCCUCAGUGUAACCUGCACUGCUCCAGGUCCCAAUCCAAGCCCCUCUGUGCCUCCGAUGGCAGAACAUAUGAGUCGAUGUGUGACUACCAGAGAGCUAAAUGCCGGGAACCGAGUCUGAGUGUGACGCAUCGUGGCCGGUGCAAAGAUGCUGGCCAAAGCAAGUGUCGCUUAGAGAGAGCUCAAGCACUGGAACAGGCAAAGAAGCCCCAGGAAGCAGUCUUCAUCCCAGAAUGCAAUGAGGAUGGAUCAUUCACACAGGUGCAGUGCCAUACCUACACUGGAUACUGCUGGUGUGUGACACCUGAUGGGAAGCCUAUUAGUGGCUCUUCUGUACAGAACAAAACUCCUGUAUGUUCAGGUUCUGUAACUGAUAAACCAUCAAGCCAGGGUAACUCAGGAAGGAAAGAUGAUGGUUCGAAGCCAACGCCUACCAUGGAAACCCAGCCUGUUUUUGACGGAGAAGAAAUCACAGCACCCACCCUUUGGAUUAAGCACUUGGUCAUCAAAGAUUCCAAACUGAACAGUUCCAGUAUAAGGAAUUCUGAGAAAGUUCACUCAUGUGACCAGGAAAGACAAAGCGCCCUGGAGGAGGCAAGACAGAACCCUCGGGAGGGUAUCGUCAUCCCCGAGUGUGCUCCAGGAGGGCUGUACAAACCGGUGCAAUGCCACCAGUCGACUGGGUACUGCUGGUGCGUCCUGGUGGACACAGGACGACCCUUGCCUGGUACUUCUACUCGCUAUGAGACCCCAGUGUGUGAAAGCGAUGCCAGAUCGAAGAGCACAGAGAUUGAUGACCCAUUCAAGGACAGAGAACUUCCAGGCUGCCCAGAAGGCAAGAAAGUCGAGUUUAUUACCAGCUUACUUGAUGCACUCACUACAGACAUGGUACAGGCUAUUAACUCAGCAGCACCUGCUGGGGGUGGGAGGUUCUCUGAGCCAGACCCCAGCCACACACUGGAGGAGCGAGUGGUGCAUUGGUACUUCAGCCAGUUGGACAACAACAGCAGCAAUGACAUCAACAAGCGGGAGCUGAAGCCCUUCAAGCGUUACGUGAAGAAGAAAGCCAAGCCCAAGAAAUGUGCCCGACGUUUCACUGACUACUGUGACCUCAACAAGGACAAGUCUAUCUCACUGCAGGAGCUGAAGGGCUGCUUGGGAGUAAGCAAGGAAGGAGGUAGCCUGAGCAGUUUCCCCAAUGGAAAAAGACAAGGCCUUAACCCCUUCAUAGGCCGCCUUGUGUAGGAGCAGAAGACAGGAAGGGAAGGCAAGAGCUGACCGAAAGGAAAGAAAGGUACAGCAACAGACGGACAGACACCUUGCUGCUUGUGAGCAAGCCUUGCUGCUUGUGAGCAAGCAUACAGCAUCAGCAACAUCCAACGUAGCAGAAGUGGCACCCAGAACGUUUGCACUUUUUUAAUAAUUGAGUUGGGUUUGGGUAUGUUUUUAAUCUCUUCUCAAUGUCAUUAUCUAAUAACUUUGGGGGAGGGGUGGGAACAGGAUCAAGACUUUUUAAUAUUGGAACAGCUACUGACGACUUAAAAUUGAGUUCACUGGGACUCAAAGAGAUUUUUAUAUACUGUAUAUAAAUAUAUAUGUAAAUUGUACAGUUGUCUUGUACAGGGGUUGGAGUCACUGUUCUGUCCCUCCCUUUGCUUUUGAUGGCUGUUAGGGUUAGAGGGACACUUUGCAUUUAAUGGAUUACAGUAAUGCAAUGAUGUCUGCCAUCAAGCCGUCCUUUAUUUGCAAACUGAUCUCCUUAACGUCCCCAUGCACAUAGGAACAAGCAUAUCAGCAUGACUUGUGUUCACAGAUGUUUACACAGUGCCACAGCCAGAUAUCAAAUGCUUCCUGGGAGCAGCUGAACCCCAUCAGUUCUAAGUGCAAAGCCGUUUGCAAUGCGCAGGCAUUGGGUUUUUGAGAGAGCACAGAUUACACCUGAUUAUUGGUGUACUGCAAAGCUGCUUAAAGAAGGGAUAGAGAAGGAUUGUAUUAAGGAAAUACAAAGGUAGUUUUUGCACCUGUUGCAGUCUGGGCAGAAAUGAAUUGCAAAUGCAUUACUAUCCAGGCUCAAAAGACGUGCUUAGCAAAUAUAUGCCAUGUCUUAGGAAUCUAACACUGUAAGGACAUGGGAGCUGUAUGCCCUGGUAGAGUCCCGAAAGUGACGUCACGCAUCUUCCUCUCUGAUGAGAUGUUCAUCUGUAUGAUGUAUAACAAUAUAUAAAGAUUGAGAAGUCUGCUAAAAACAGCAUCAGGCUGCCUGUUGCUUUGCUGGAGAGCUAAGACAAUAUUUGUCAGUGCAGAAAGACACAAUCAUAUUGCUGGUCUCUGAGAGUGAUUUACAUGCAUUUCAAUUCUACAGCUUGGGCCACACUCCCUGCUAAAGGAUUGUCUGCAGUAACAGUUCUUGCCUUUGGUGGCUAUGAAUCCCAAGCUCCUCUCCUGCUCAGUGGUAUGCCUGUCUGUCUUACAGUAUCCUUCACCUGAUUCUCUGGUAUCAGUACCUCCUGUGUUUUUUACUGCAGUGUCACUUUAAAAUAGCAGUGAAUGCUUGGAUUGAAGAGCCUGUUGCUCUUUGAGGCCACAGGUGCUGUUUCAACUGCCAGCAGUUUUUUCCAAAGUUAUUGCCUACUUAAUCUUUGUCAGGCGCAAUUGUAAAAUCGACAGUAGGGUGAGGAAACCCAUAUUAGCUGCCUUAUGUUUUGAGUGGAGUGGGUAGUGCAUGACGGGAAGCACGGUAUUCUGCUUUGUGCGUUUCCAACCUCUGGCAGCACUUGCCCGUUCAUAGGGGAUGUUCAGAGCAGCUUCCCCCUUCCAACCUGGGAAUCCUUGUGCCACUCAUCUCUGCACCAAGAACCUGCAGUCAGAGAUAGCAUCGUGCCAUGCUAGUAUGGGAUCACACCAGCAAUUGCCUCUAACAGCACUGCAUUACUGUAGAGAUGGGACUUGCCCUGUAAGGCUUUGCUGCUUUGGUAGAAGAUGUUGUGGCACAUCAUCUUCAUGCUGUGGAAUGUCAUUGUGAUGAUGGCAUGAGAGAAACAUCACAGCAGGAGUGUCCUGAUACAGCAAGUUAGAACCGUGUUGCCAAAAUUGAAAGUUAAAGAAAAUUAACAAUCUUUAAAUAACUGUUUAAUAGUGAUAAUAACCCUUUCUCUGGGAAGUAGAUUGGAACUGAUUAAAGCAUUUGACAUGAUUGAGAAUGCUCUCUUGAUCUCUGAAUUGUACAUUUUACCAGCACAACGUAAAGAAAAACUCUCUUUAACAAGAGCAGAUCCUGCUGUUAGAUCGUCACGGUUCCUCACGUACAAUAUGUGUGUUCUUCUGGCCCACCACUUCCCAUCUUCUCAAUUGCAUUAUCUCUUUUAAAUACCUGGGAUAUGUUCUGUGUGUGUGUUGAAAUGAUUUGGUUUAGUGUAUAGUUAGAAAUGUCCCUGUUACUCACUAAUGCUAUUGUAGGAGUGAAGAAUGAACCCAACUGUAUAAAAAACCUCACCUUCUCUUUAUAUGCUAGUUUUAGGAAUUUAAAAGCUCUGGCUUUUUCUUUCUCUUUUUUCCCUUUCUUUUUCCCUUUCCCUUUCCCUUUCCCUUUUUUCUUUUUUUUUCUUUUUUUCUUUUUUUUUUCUUUUUUUCAAUAUAUCUGCAUCUAGUAAAAGCAGCAAUUUGGAUGAGAAGUUAUCUAAUCCAGCCAUUAGAAGGCAAUGCCCCACAAGAUUGGAGGGAGCACAGACCUGCUAAAACUCAUUGUAUCUUUUCUUCCGGAAAUGUCGCUAAACCAGCCAGCCCAGGCUGCUGUCUGUCAUGUAAAUCCUACUGCAGAGCUCCUCUUUGCUUAUCCUUGCGUCCUUCCCCUCUAAAAGGCCUGCAUUCACAUGCAGUUUGCAAUUAAAAUUGAAUAAGCUCCCCAAGGAAGCCACACUAAGGGUGGCUGUUGAUGUUAGCUUUGGUAUUGGUGAGGAUCCAUGUUGCUAUGCUGCAACUGACUUUGCUGAUGGAUUGUGGCCCAAGCAUUGUAUUGCCUCCCUUUCUCUCCUCAUGGGAGAAGGUAAGAGUCACUCACUUGCUUGGUUUGCACAGUCCUCUGAGCAACUUCUAGCAACAUUUGUGCAUAGACAUGCAAGGCCAAGCUAGCAUGAUUGUGUGAUGUCUGGACAGGGGUUAGGUUACUUGUUUUGUGUUUGUGUCUUGGAAGUUCACAAAGGUCCUGGUCCUGAUUCAUAAAACCCAUUCAAUCAGUUGUUCAAGCAGUCCAUGCCAGUUGGCAUGCUCAUUGUCAACACCGAGCAAUGCCUCAGCUUCCCUCUUUCCUUGUUGCUAUUCUUGCCAGGAACUGGCCGUUCCCCCUGGCUGUGAGGCAGGUGUAAUCAAAUAUGUCCUUCUCUGGAGAUGACAAGUGUGUUCUGCUCUGCUUCGCAUCAAUAGCAUCCUACUGAAGUUGGGACAGGGAGAGUGUCAGAGUUGUACCUGAAAGCAGACCCUGGACAUGUUUAUUGGAUAAUAAACCCUACAAGUCCCCCUACAAGCCCUCCUGCACCUCGCCAGCUCUGCUUUGAAUGACAGGUGAAAGUAGCUGGGACAGAGAAGAGAACCAGGGAUCCACAGUGCAAGUCAUCUACUCUUUCUGCCAGAAGCAAAAACCCUUCCUUUUUUUGCUGAUCCUCCAGGGAAGUAGAGAGUUGGAGGGAACUGCCUUAAGAUGGGAUUCAUUUGUGUGAAGGCAAUGCUUUCCACGGCCUUUUGGGGGAUAUGAAGGGAAUUGUUUCAAGCACAAGAUAAAAUUUAUAUUGAACUUACCCUGCACCAGCGCAUUUCUGACUAUGGCAUUGUUUGUUAGACUGAAAGGCAUCUGUCUGAUUUUGAUUUUGUAAUAAAAUAGGUAACUUUUGCUCCAGUGUCUUGUGGUGGUUUUUUGUUGAAUCUUGAUUUCCAGAGCUUAUGUCCUUCUCUCAUGUCAUAUUCAGACUGUUACCUAGACAGCUCCAUCGGAGAGGAAGGGAACUUUCCUUCUCCCAGGGGCCUCGGUCAGUCUUUGAUUGGGGUUUGAGGUCCCUAGAGGUUUCUCUUGUGUG